AAUAAGUGUACAAAGUAAUAAGCGACAAAAACGUAAAAAAAAACAAAACAAGCAUAACGUGGGGAAAACAGCAACAUAAACAUAAAGACAGUGUCUAAAAGAGUGUUAAUUUUGACCCGGGUAGGACAACACAAGGUUUAAAACGCAACAUCAAUACCAAUGCUAACAAAAAAAUUUAAUAUUGUAAUGUGAUGUAAAUGUAAUUUUACUGCAAGUUGGUAGAUAUACAUUAUUCUUAAUUCUGGGACAGAUAGGGGUAAUGGAGGUUGCAGCAAAGUGCACAGAAGGUUAUGUAGUGCUUUAAAUGUACUUGUUGAAAGUAAAAGACUAGUCACAGGUCUGUAGUCUAUCUGCUGUUUGAAAACUAUCCUUGAUCAAUUAUUCAACAUGGUAAUAUCAAUUUACUGUUUGCCUGUUUUAGCCGUUACCAUGGCAGAAACUCGUGCAUUAUUAACCAUUUUGGUGUCUAGUUUUUGUACUCGGGGUAUUUUCAGCCCCUUUUGACACGUCAAUGGGGAUAUUAUUGUUUGAUAAUUGCAUACCACUAUGGCUUAGGCUGAAAGAGCGCGUCUGGCUUCUCUGAAAGGGAUGUGAAACAUGUAAGACAGUCUUGUAUUUCAAUGGAGGGGCCAAAAGUGAAUCAGGAGAAAGAAAAGGCUGGAAAAACAGUUAGGUUUAGAGUAGCAUCUGCCAACAGCGGCCGGGUCUUGGCGGAGGUGUUCAAGGAUGAAACGGCCUGGUGCGCCUCAGGGUCGGACUCGGUGGACUCUGACUGCACCAGCAGCCCAGAGACAGAGCAGGGGGGCCUGCCCCUCACCAGCGAGGCCAACAGCCACCUGAAUGGUCUGGUGGUGGAAACUACUGUGGACGAAAAUGGCUGUGAACCUGAUGACCUGCUUUUGUACGCAAGUGCCAAGCGAGAGAUGCUUUUCAGCAACAAGCGGAUCAAUAUCUGCAGCAAGAAUGGGACCAUACGGGGAGUAAGGAACAAAGUGAGCGCAGGCCAAGAGCUUUUCAACAACCUCUCCAUGAUGUACUCUGGUUCCCUUCAUCAUCAGAAAAGGAGACCCUGGGAAAAGGAGUAAACAGUUUGGAAGUAGCAGUUUAACAAUGUGGUCAACAGGAAGAGAUAGCCCUGUGGCUAAAGAUUGUCUUGCAGUGUGGUCUACACUUAAUUAAAAACUAUCCGGUUAAAACAAACUCUUCAUAUAAGGAGGGCUACAGCUUUACCGUCCAGUCUGUUCAAGUUCUUUGAUUUAGAUUCAUCUACCUGAUAAGGAUAAAAACAAUGUUAAUGACUCACUUUAAUGUAGUUGUAAGCACAUAUAUGUGUCUGUCAAAGGUGCACUAUGAGUUCCUGCAUGGCGUCACUCAUCCCAUGUUUCUGUAACUGUCAUGACUAACUGACUAAUACUACGUUUACACGUGACUGGCUAUUUUCAUAAAUGGACAUUUCAACCUCUCCGUAUUCAAAAAUACCAUUGUGCGCAGCCGUCAGUUUUCAGAAAAGUGUUCGUUUACAUGUACCGUGUAUAUAUGCCGUCAAGAGCAU